UCUGACUCCUGCCGGAACAGUAGACACAAGCAUAUUCCAUGUAUUUUUAUUUAUGUUGUUAAUGUAUGAGAAACACCAUAAAAACAAUAAAACUCUAAUUCUCUAAUGUUGAUAAUCAUGCUGUGACUCACCAUGUUCUCACAAUCAAUACCAAUUUGAAAUUUACAGAGAAUUAUUCAUCAAAAACAGAAACUAGGUAUGGCGGAAGAACACAGUAGCGAAGAUUCUGAUUUAGAAAAUCACAUUGAACUAGCUGGCAUAUUGAGCAAGUGGACGAAUUAUAUCCAUGGAUGGCAAGACAGGUAUAUAGUUUUGCAAAACGGUACACUUUCGUACUAUAAAAGUGAACAGGAGCGAGGAUAUGGCUGCAGAGGGGCAUUAUCCUUGGCCAAAGCAGUUAUCAAACCUCAUGAAUUUGAUGAAUGCCGAUUUGAUGUCUCAGUAAAUGAUUGUGUUUGGUACCUUCGAGCUGAUUCAAUUGAAAGCAAGCAGAGCUGGGUAGAGGCCUUAGAAUCAUAUAGGGUAGAAUCUGGUUAUGGAACAGGCUCUGAAAAUAGCCUGAAGAGACAUGGUUCUACUGUUAGUUUGCAGUCUAAUAGUUACAGUACAGCUUCUGGUAGUAGCUUUAAAAAAUCUUCCAGAAAUAUCAAAGAAAAACUGGCAGAGAUUGAGACAUUCAAAGAUAUACUAGUGAGACAGAUUGAUACCUUGCAAACCUACUUUGAUUAUUGUGUUGAGAAUAAUGCUGGGAGUCAGUUGCCAGAUUCAGAUAACUUGCCAGCGGUCGACUUCAAAGGCGAGGCGAUCACCUUCAAAACGACCACGGCGGCCGUGAUAAACACCCUCGAGCACUGCGCCGAGCUGGUCAACCAAAGAGAGGAGUCGUGGAGGAAUCGCCUCGAUAGGGAGUCGGACAGGCGCAAGCGGGCCGAAACUUUGGCGCAUUCGUAUUUCGCGCAGAUACAGAAGAUCAGGAACGUGCAUCCUGGGCCGGAUCUUGAGGAGGGACCGCACAGCGUCCUGGCGGACGACGAAUUCUACGAUGCCGUAGAAUCGGGGCUGGACAAAAUGGAGGAGGAGCAGGAAUUGAGGGAACGGUUGAAGAGCGGUCAGGUGAUGCCUGUCACACCACCUCCUACUUCGCCGGCAUGCCAACAUCGUCUUUGGCCGGAAAUCGACAAAGUGGUGCAACAGCAGGUGGCCAUGGCCAGGAUGGGGAUCGGCGAGUGCGGCUCGGGGUGGCAGCUGUUCGCCGAAGAUGGCGAAAUGAAGAUGUACAGGCGGGAGGAGGAGCUGGACGGCAUGGUGGUGGACCCGCUGAAGGCCGUCCACGUGGUCAAGGGCAUCACUGGCCACGAGGUGUGCCACUACUUCUUCACCCCUCAGUACAGAUACGACUGGGAAACAACACUGGAACAAAUGAACGUGCUGGAAACAAUAUCCGACGACACGCUGAUGUUCAUGCAGACCCACAAACGAAUAUGGCCGGCCAGUCAGCGGGACGUGGUGUUCUGGUCGCACAUCAGGAAACUUCCCAACGAGAAAGACAGGGACGGACCAGACAUUUGGACAGUGGUGAAUAAUUCUACGGAACAUCCGGAUUAUCCUGCAAACAAUGGUAAAUGCGUUAGGAUAUUUCUGAAGGUUUGCCUGAUGUGCCAGACUAGAGUGGACCCUCCAAAAGAUGGCACACCAUUGUCUAGGGAAAAUGUAUCAUGUAAAAUAACCUAUUGUUCUGUUGUAAAUCCUGGUGGAUGGGCUCCUGCUUCUGUCUUGAGAGCAGUGUACAAAAGAGAGUAUCCAAAAUUUUUGAAGCGCUUUACUGCUUAUAUCAUAAAUCAAACCAAAAAUAAACCCAUUAUGUUUUAGCUCCUAGGUCAGAAUAUUUUCAUUGUUUUACAAUGUUAUUUUUAAUUAUUUAUACAUUAAAAGAUAUUUUAUGUUUGUA